AUGGGGGGCGGCGGCUCAGCCCUGAGGGUCUGUGCUGACCAUCGCGGGGGCAUCAACUGGCUGAGCCUGAGCCCUGACGGGCAGCGUCUGCUGACGGGCAGCGAGGACGGCACUGCCCGGCUUUGGAGCACCACGGACGGCCAGUGUUGCGCGCUCCUGCAAGGGCAUGAGAGUUACGUCACCUUCUGCCAACUGGAAGACGAAGCUGCUUUCACAUGCAGUGCCGACUGCACCAUCCGGAGGUGGGAUGCGCUCACGGGCCAGUGUCUGCAGGUGUACCGAGGCCACACGUCCAUCGUGAACAGGAUCCUGGUUAUCAACAACCUGCUCUUCAGCAGCUCCUACGACCGCACAGCUCGCGUCUGGACUGUGGACAAGGGCCAGGUGUCGCAGGAGUUCCGGGGCCACCGCAACUGUGUGCUGACACUUGCCUACUCCGCCCCCUGGGAUCCCCCCAGUGCUCCCUGUGCCGAGGAGGAGGUGGCGGCACUGGCGGCCGGUGGGCUGCUGGUCACAGGCAGCACGGACGGCACGGCCAAGGUGUGGCAGGUGGCCAGCGGCUGCUGCCACCAGACGCUGCGGGGCCACACGGGUGCGGUGCUGUGCCUGGUGCUGGACGCACCUGGCCACACGGCCUUCACGGGCAGCACGGACAGCACAGUCCGCGCCUGGGACAUCCUGAGCGGGGAACAGCUGCGUGUGUUCCGGGAGCACCAGGGCUCCGUCAUCUGCUUAGAGCUCGUGGAUGGCCUCGUGUACUCGGGCAGUGCCGACAGGACGGUCAAGUGCUGGCAGGCGGAUAGCGGGGAGCAUGUGCGCACCUUCUCAGCCCACAGACACAGCGUUAGCGCCCUCAAGUACCAUGCGGGCACCCUGUUCACUGGCAGCGGGGACGCCUGCGCCCGAGCCUUCGACGCCCAGACCGGGGUGUUACAGAAGGUGUUCCGGGGCCACGCAUUCGUCAUCAACUGCCUCCAGGUGCACGGCCAGGUGCUUUACACCGCCUCGCACGACGGCGCGCUGCGGCUAUGGGACGUGCGCGGCCUCGGCAGCCCGCGCGCCCCGCCGCCCCGCCGCGCCUCCAAGCGCAGCCUCUCGCGCCUUUUCAGCAACAAGGUGGGCUGCGCCGCGGCGCCCCUGCAGCCGGCCUGAGCCUGCCCGCCCCGCGGGGAAGAGACCUGGGUGCAUUUUCCCACGCCCUCUGCCG